AUGUGGACACAACAAAGUUCUUCGUCGGCAAGUACCACAAUGCCAACAGGUACAAAUAAUCGAACAGUUAUAAUUGAAAACAAAAAUAAAAAUCAUGACAAUGAUAUUCUAUUCAAACGAAAAAGAUCGAAUGAUGAAACGAACGAUAUUGCUCCAAAAGAAAUUCCAAUAUCACCAUUAAAAUUAAAACGUGUUUAUAACAACAAUGAUUUAAGAACAUUAAAUUUACAAUGUUAUGACACAAGUUUUAUCAAAAAUACUCAAUAUGAAAAGGAUAUGGAGAAUAAAGCUAUGGAUAAUUAUCAAUUUGUUAUUGUUCCUCAAAAUCAAGACGAUAAAAGUUCGACUAAUAUUCCGAAUAUGAUUCCAUUUUUCGAUUAUACUUCACCAUUAUUAUUAUCUAAUAAAAAUUAUAAAUCACAAUCAUCGUCGUCAACGAUAAUUGAGAACAAUAAAACAUCCGUACGAUUAGUAACCGAGGAAUCAACUCCAUGUGAUUCUUGUAAAAAACAAAUGAAUAAUAUUGAAUUAUUGAGAAAAUUUAAUUGUACAUUUGAGCAUACGUAUUGUUUAGGUUGUAUUAUUAAAAUGACAAAACAGUGUAUCGCAUCGACAACGCGUCCAAAAUGUCUCGUUGACUAUUGUAAUUAUCAAUUGACAAUCGAUGAUAUUAAUUAUUUACCAAUUGAAUUAUAUGAUAUUCAGUUACUACUUAAACUUUAUAAUUUUAAUGUAAAACAGGAACAAGAAGUUGAACAAGAUGUACGAUUAAAAUGUGAUAAAUGUAGUCUAUAUUAUGAUAGUAUUUUAUUUGAUAUACAUCUAAAUGAAUGUACUGGAAGAGGAAUGAUGAUUCCAUGUGAAGUAUGUUUUUGUCCUUAUGAAUUUAGCCAAUUUGGAACACAUACACUUCAAUGUACAAAUGAUGAUGAUAGUACACUCGUCAAUUUUCUGUAUAAUCAUAUUAAACAAAUUAAUAUUAAUAAAAUGCAAUUGAAAGCAUUUAUUAAAGAAAAACGGAGGAACAAAUCAACGAUUAAUGUCUAUGAAAUUAUUGAAUCAUUCGAUGUGGCGAUGCCUUUCACUUAUAAUACCUGUGAUGCUUGUACAAAAGUUCAUCAAACAUCUGAUAUACAUAUUGUUUAUUGUGUACAUAAUCAUCCAAUAUGUUUUGAAUGCUAUAGUAAACAUGUUGAUAAUCAAAUGUUGAAUAAUCAAAUCUUAACAUGUCAUAAAUGUGACUAUCAUUUACAAGAUAAUGAUUUGAAAGAAUUACGUGUUUCUGAUGAGAUGUUGGAAAAAUAUCAAACCUAUCAAAAUAAUAAAUCGAUUGAAGACAUUACAAAAAGAUUUAGUGAUCAAAAUGAUGAAGUACAAAGUUCAGUUAGACAACAAACAACAACAAUAAUACCGAUGAUUAAAUCCGAAACUACUACAGUUUCUGAUAAUGGUCCUCGUUGUGAAUGCAUAUUAUGUAGGAAAUUUCAUGCAUACGAGUCUAUUUUUGUUUAUGCAUGCAAUUGUAAAACAUGUUAUGGGUGUUUUUCUGAGUCAAUUCAAAAACAACGUCAAGCAAAUGAAAUUUUAUCAUGUCCAUCGUGUUUACAAGAAUUGAAUGAGGGUGAUUUAUCACAAUUAUUAUUAACAAAACAAGAAAUUGCACAAGUUCGUCUCUAUCAACAAGGAAAACUAUUUGAAUCUGAUAAAUCACAUAUUAAUCAACUACAAAAUGGUAAUGGAACUCAAAAUCAAAAUAAUGGACAAGUACAGGUUGACGAUGAAGCUAAUUUACAAUUAACAUUGAUAGGUCAAAAAAUACUACCCAAAUAUUGGGAUCGCUCAACAAUGGAAAAUUUUUCAAAAAUUAUAGUAUCAAAAGGAUCAACCGAAUAUUUAUUUGUACUUGGCAAAUUUCAGGAAACAAUGGUCGAGUUGUAUCAAAAUACUAUUGACGAUGAUGGUAGUGGUAGAGGAGUCGGAGGAGCGAUGAUAAACAAUGUUCAACCCACAUCUGUAAAUGCACCAAUGUUAACUAAUAAUGGUGGUAUUUUUGCAACGAAUGCUAAUGUAAUGAAUGUUAAUCCUCAACCGUUUUUCUUGAAUAAUACUACACCAAAUUUUAAUGUACAACCAACUGGAAUGGCUAUUAAUCCGUUCGGAUCACAAUUUGUAGCAAAUUUCAAGCCAAUCCCACGUCCACGUGGACGUAACAGAAUUAUGUCUAAUCAAAGACCACCAGUACCAGCUCAUGUAAAUAAUAUGGUGUUAAAUGGGCCUCAUCCAGCGAUGAUGAAUGUAAAUGGGCAUAAGAUGCCUUAUACACAAAUUUUACAAAUUGAAAGAAUUCAAAAUCAACGAUGGUUUAAACAGUAUUCCGCACAUCAGGAAGAAUUUUUACAACGGUUAGGAGCAACAACGGAAACUUGGCUGUUUCAUGGUUGUUCAGACCAAGCAGCAAAAAAUAUUCAACAAGAAUGUUUUAAUCGAUCUCAUGCCGGAGUGAAUGGUACAGCAUUUGGUGGUGGUGCAUAUUUUGCGAAAUGUGCAUCGUACAGUCAUAAUUUUGCUAAACCCGAUCGAACCAAUACUCGUCGAAUGUUUUUGGCUCGAGUAUUAACGGGAAAAAGUACUCCAGGCAAUGCGUCGAUGAGAGUGCCUCCUCCUGGAUUUGAUACAACAACCGAGUGA